GCUCCCUACACGUGCUACCCCCUAGCAGAACAAAAAAAAACCUGCAAAUUUUUGACCGGCUCAAGGCGCCUAGGCCGCCCCCCGCAAAGUCAAACCGGCACGACGGCCGCAGCAGUGGCACCCCCGGCCGCAAUCCUGCAGCACCAGCCCGCGACGACGACGUCCGCCACGUCGCCACUUGUCCCGCAUCACCCCCACUCCCACAACAUCCUGCAGCCCCACCACCACCAUCAGCAGCCACCGCCGCCGCCGCCCCCGCGCGCCGCUGCAGCAGGCUGGGAUUGUAAUUUAUACUCCCGCACCACGACGCACUUCAAGAUGAUGAUGGCGACGAAGGGCAAGCGGCCGCUGCGCCACUUGACCGCCACCGACAAGAUCGACGCCAUCCAGCGGAUCCACGACGGCGAGUCAAAGGCCUCGGUCGCGCGUGACAUUGGCGUGCCCGAGUCGACGCUUCGCGGCUGGUGCAAAAACGAGGAGAAGUUGCGUUACAUGAGCCGGCAGUCGGCGGAGAACGCGGACAAGCUGACGAGUGAGGCCACGGCGGCGGCACUGACGGCGGUCGCCGCAGCGGAGCUGUUCAACGGGCCACCGGAGAAGCGGAUGAAGCUGGAGCAGGGGCUGUUUGGGAAGAAGUAUGAUGAGAGCUUUUACAAGAGUCCGAGAGGGAUGAACGGGUUGGAUUUGAGUGGGGGUGGGGACAAGGGGUUGGGGGUGAGCGGGGGUGAUAUUAUAAUGAAUGGGCUGCACGGGGCGGAUUUUAGCGCGUUUGCGAAGACGGCGGCGGAGAUUUCGGCGAUGGGGAAGGCGAAGGAUCGGUACGGGGCGGAUUUGAGCCGGAAUGGAGGUGGGGAUCCGGGGAAGGCGGAACUGUCGAUGGCGGCGAUAUCGCCGUUGACCAGCUUGAGUCACCUUUCGGGGAUGGGCGGGCUGGCGCAGAGUCCGCUGGCGUUGAGUUUCAACGAGAUUGCGACAAACUUGAACUUGAUAGCGCAGUUGAACAAUAAUCACAACUUGGCGACGAUGUCGAAUUUGGGCGGAUUGACGGCGGCGCAAUCGUUGAGGAAUGCAAGACCUAAGGGGAAUGCUAGUCAGAGUCCACGGGCGAGUUUGCCGGAUUCGUCGGGGAGUGGCGGUGGAACUCCCGGGGACAAGUCGACUCCGUCGUUGACGGUGCGAAAUUUGGCGAAAUUGCAGCAGAAAACGUCGAGCGAACUUCAGAACAACGGUAUGAUCCAUGGUAUUAACUUGAACGACAAAUAUAAACAACAAUCACCAUCUGCCGCCCCCCUAGGUCGUGACCCUAACGCCCCCGUCGACGAAGCGCUCUGGUACUGGCUCAAGUCCCAACAAGCCAUGCUCGGGUUGAACAAUCUGUACUCGCAGAUGCCCCGUCCGUCGAGUCCGCAGCAACCGCAGUCAACGCCGCCAACGAACACGACACAGCAGCAGCAACCGCAGAGUUCAACGCCACCGACCGCGACUCCGCCGAUCGUGUCCACCCCGCAGCCAACGCCGCCCUCGUCCGCACCCUCGCUCACCCCCGAGGACACGAAGAACUCGUCCUGGUUCUGGCAGUGGUACAAAACGUUCGGCGCCUCGCUCAUGCCCGGCGACAAGUCCUGCAACAACAACUCGAUCAACGCCACCAACGCAAACAACUCCAAGUACGAGAACAUCCUCUACUCGCAGCUCACCAAAGGUCAAUCUCCGCCGACCACGGCCGACUCGCUCAAUAACAACGCUCAACCCAUCAACCUGAACAUCAGCUCAAACGGCGUCGUCGAUCAUCUCAAGUCCGAGCCGGAAGAUCUCUCCACCACCACCAACCCGUCGAUGCUCCCCCCGGAAGACCACACCCGCUUCAACCCGAGCCCAUCGACAAGCAUCAAGUCCGAGCUGAAGCCCGAAGUCGACGAAGUCGACGAGGACGAAGACGAAGACGACGAGGUCGCCAAGUGCAACGGCGCCAACACCGCCGUCAAGCAGGUCCUGGACAACCUCCUGUACAGCCAAAGCCAAAGUCCCGGCCCGGUCGCCACCGCCCCAUCCCCCCUCUCGCCCUCAAGCUCAACGCACGAAAACGGGCACGCCACUCCGACGCCCCUGGCGGACGACCUCAAGAGCACCUGCUCGGAGGACACCGACCUGAAGAGUUCCGCCGAGGCGGUCGAGCACGGCGAAAAGUUCCUCAAGUGGCUGGAGGCGUGCAGCGAUCCGAACGUGACGGCGAUGCAGGUCAUGCAGUUCAAGUAUCUGCUCAACAGCAUCAAGCUGAGCGCGGAGCGGCAGAACGGAGGUGGAGAGGAGCGAACUCGGCGGCGGAGGAAGUAAGAAGUUCUCGCUCUUUAUCUGUAAAUAGUCCAGUCCUAAAUCAAAAUCAGCUGAGCCGCGAAGAUAUCAUUAGCACAGAGCAGUAGAGACGAAGCAGCAGCAACUCCCCUAACGAAAUAAGUAGUUAAAUUUUUGCCCCAUUUUUUAUGAAGUCUAUUAUUUUUGUUUUUACCUCUAUAUAUUUCAUUAUUUGAUAUAUAUAUAUUAUAUUGCCGGAAGCAGGAAAGAUUGCUAUUUAUCACACACUAAACUCUGACACUCUCGACCGUGUAAAUAAAAGUCGCCCCUCGUUUUUUUGUCGAAGAAAAAAACUCCACUCAAGAGAGAAGAAGAAACAUGCCAAAUGUACAAGUUAUCGAACACUAUUAAAAACCGCGUAAUACUUGCUCUAGGAAAGCAACAUUAGAAAAGAAAACCCCCCCAUAAAUGUAAGCGAAACUUACCCCUCAACAAAAAAAGGAGACCGAAAUUUGUGAAAAACUAUGUAAGCGAAGAAAAAUCAAAUAAAAAAGCCCAAAACUAACAACACACACAAACAAAAAAAGAAAACAAGUGAAACACAGAUCUCGUUUAUUUGUUAAUUUGAAGCGCAGCUCAAAAAAAAAUGACGGUGUGACGAAAUGAAAUGAAAUACUCAAAACAGUCCAAAGAAUACACACACUCACACA